UGUUGUUAUUUUCGUUUUAAUAAAAUUGAUUAAAAAGGCAUAUAAACGUAGUUUUAAUUAAUUAAAAUAGUGUUAAUGUUGAGAAGAGUGUUGUGUCUGACAUAAAAUUAAGUUAAAAAGAAGAAUAAGUGAGCAAAAUGCAGGCCGUCUCCAAAAAUAAGCUAUCAGAACUCCAAACUAUAAUAACUCGGAUGCCACUAGAAGUGUUCUGUGUGACUGCACUCCCUGAGUUCGGUGUCCGAUGGAGAGAACUAUCGAAGGCUGUGCGCAAUGCACGGUUACCGAUGCAGCCGGCCAGUGUAGCCAGGGUACUGUGCAGACAUGUGUCCAAGGCAUUAACGGCAGAUGAGAUUGAAGAUAUUGUUGCGAGGUUGCGGUUGAAAUUGGUAGCCACCCAGCCUCGCACGUGGCACGUGAUAAGGCUCUCGGAGAAGACCACAGAGGAACCAGUCACUCUGACGAUGAGGGCCGUGCCAGGGAGGAUCACACAGGCCUUGAGGAAGAGUAAGAAGACUAUGAGGCCGGAGGUACAAACAGUACUGCUAGGCGACAUGCUAUACCUCAGUAUACAACUGGUGUCGGAACACAAGUCGGGCUCCGCCCUCUACGUGGCGACGCCUCCAGGGGAGCCCGUCGCGUUGGUCUCUAGCGUCAACAUGGUUGGACUUAUUAAGGCUACCGUGGAAGGUCUAGGCUACAAAUCCUACGAGAUAGCAGACCUCCACGGCCGUGACAUCCCAUCGCUGCUUCGAAUAAAUGACCGUGCAUGGAAUACAAACGCUGACCAUCUAGCAGAAAUACCGGAAUACGCGCCAACACCAAUAAUCACUGAAACUGGUAUAGACUAUACAUACAAAGCCUACGAUGAAAACUACGUUGAAAACAUCCUUGGACCGAACCCACCUAAAAUAACAGAUCUAACUAUAAAAACUUCAAAAUCUUUCUUCGAUAGGAGUCGCUUAGACAAGAAUAUUAAUAUUACUAUUAAUAUUAAGACUGAAGAUCUAGCUAAGUCUCUAAAAUCUUGGGUUUCGAAAGGUGCUAUAGCUCCUACGUCCGAUUUGAUUAAGAUAUUUCAUCAAAUUAAGUCUAAUAAGAUUAGUUAUACUAGGGAGGAUGAUUGAGUUGUCUUAUUGGUGUAUUUUUUUAUUGUAAUAUCGACGGUUAAGAGGAAAUAGCGACAAAAAAUGAAAUAUUCAGGAGAGCGGUCGGAAUACUAGGAAAAUGUUUUUUUUUGUUGCUAGGUUAUACACGCCAAAACUGUCAUCG